AUGCUGUCACCUGGACAGUUUGGUAUUUGGGGACCCUGGGAGGUUGGAAUGCUGUACCAGACCGUGCGGUCUCACAUAUGGUAUUUUGCUUUGUCAGAUUGUCCCGAUGAGCUGUUGCUCAGCAUGCCGGGGAACAAAAAUUUUAGCUACACCGUGGACUACGAAAUCCGUUGGAGGCAAUUUGACGACUCUGAGUUAAGCAUGGAGAUGAGGUACAUGCCAAUGGCAACCGUCCUCGCUCUCCUGAUUCUGUCGGCAAUGGCUUGUUGGUUUGCAGCUAAGAGCCAAUCCCUUCGACGAACCGUAGGCAAGCUCCAUCCAGUUGUCCGCAGUUUGUUGCUGGCGAUGGGAUUGCAGUGGACGUCGCAGGCCUUGCACUUGCUUCAUCUACUCGACUAUCAGAAGGAUGGUCGUGGCCUCCAACUGGCUGAUGGCCUCGCUGAGGUGCUGUUCAUGCUGAGCCAGGUUGGAGCUGCGUCACUACUCAUUGCCAUUGCCCAGGGCUACAGUCUUGUACGGUCCAAGCUGGGAGAGGUGGAGUUACUGGUUCCAGUGGUUGUGGUUGUCACGGUGCUGCAUGUGGCUUUGGUGGCAAUAGGCAAGAUGCAGUCAGAGGACUACAAGUAUCAUGAGAAUGAAGGCCUUGUUGGCUGGAUUCUUUUGCUUGUACGCCUCAGCCUUUUUGUGUGGUUUCGGUCAGGAAUCCAUCAGCUACGGGCAACAGGUGGGAUGAAGCUGCAGAGCUUCCUUCAGAUGUUUGAGAUCGUCGGAUCCGCUUACUUUCUGGCCUUCCCGACCAUUUUCGUGUUAGUGCAGGUGCUGGCACCAUACCUUCAGCACCCUGUUUUGCAAACAACCUUGCUGGCAGUUCAAACCGCUUCAUGGCUUUGGCUUGCCGACCUAUUCCUGUCCAAAAGAGGUAGCUAUUUCGAGAUCUCCGAGCUCGGUGCUUCCAUGCUUCCGGGAGUGGGGUUUCACGGCUACUCUCACACAAAAGUGAUGUGA